GUAGCUGCAUAGAUUGCUUUGGCACUUUUAACUUUUUUUACUUGAAUAUGGUCUUACAAGCUCUGGCAUGAAGAUAGCUAUAAAGCAGCUGGAGAAUGGAAAAUAUCUGUUAAAAAUCAAAUAUGACAUGUUCAUCCUGGAUAGGAAUGUGCUUCUCGGUUAUACAACUAUCGUUCUGUAUUUAACUGCAUUUACAAGAUUUGUCUUGUUACCUUCUUGGGAGUUCAUAGGUUAUUUGACACUCCCUCAGGCUAUAAAUUAUGGGCACAUGCCUACUGAAGUGUGAUUUAUUAUUUUUAUAAAAAAAAAGAAAACAACUUACAUCCCACGUUUCACUGGAAAGAGGUUUCUUUGUGCACGAAGCCUUUAAAUUGUGAGCAGCCACUUACUUAUUGCUUUUACUUUUUCAGAUCGUGUUGCUUAAGGAUCUCAGUCAACUCCUCUCAGCAUGAAGAGUUUUGCUCUUUUCCUAGUAGUGAUCUGUGGCAUGGGAGGAUUGGGACAGAAGCUGAAGCCAAAGAAAAGAAGCAAUGGUGAAGAAAUCAAUUUUCGGACUAAAACCAAAGAUGUUUGCACAAUGCGCAUGAAUGGGGAUGAGGAGAUGAAACUUAGAAUUGAAUGCAAAAGCCAAGGCAUGUCCUACUGGUGUGAAUUCACUGGCAAGCCAUCAGUCUGUCGUGCUUUCAGAAACAAUCCAAAGAUUUACUGGAAUCAGAUCGCCAUGGAACUUAGAAAGCUCCCACACGCUUGUGAAUCCACACAAGUGUUGAAGAUCACCAUGUGCCAAAAGGCUCCCACAGAGGCUCUCAUGAAGCAAAUAGCUGCUGGUAUGGAGCCAGAAGAUCUAGCAAACCAGGACAAAUCACUCCAGAAAACUUCCACUUCUAUGAGGGGAGCGGGGGAAAGCUCUGUUAAGAAAAUAGGGAAACCUCCAAUACUACCUCUUAUAAAACCAACCCAACAUGGUCAAGGGUCCGAAAAUGAAACGGAAGCAAUGAAACUGGCACGGGAACAUUGCUGGGAAUCCCUGCAUGGUUUCUGCUCCUACAUUAUUGGCAUCUUUAGAGGUUAAGGAUUUG